AUGACUUUAAUCACUUGGGAUCCCGAGGACGAUCCUUGUGUAGAACAUGCUUAUUGGAACCCCAAUUGUCCUUACAUCAAUCUGUAUAAAGGACGAGGGUGGGUGAUGAAUGUGUUCAUUGCGGGUUUAGAUCAGCAUGGGUAUAAACCUUUACCUGAGAUUAAACCUCUACUGAACCCAGAACCAGACGUCCAGGCUCGAGGAAAAUGUCACAUUUGUUUAGACGAGGAAUUACAAAUCGCUUUUCUACCUUGUGGACACUUAUGCUGCUGUGCCUUGUGUGCUCCUUUUUUCCACUUUUGCCCCAUCUGUCGAGCCGAGAUUCAACAACCCAAACGCAUAUUUCUGUGUUAA